CAAUUUAUCUGUCUUCAGCCAAAAAGAGAUGUCAGCCCCUUACCUUGACUCCAUCAGAGGUGCAGUACCUUGGUCAGCUCCAGAUUACAUUUGGAAAAUACAACGGCCAAAGUUUUAAAUGGCUGAUGGAGAACGAUGUUGGCUACAUUAAGUAUCUGCUUGAUAUGCACAUAAAAGAACGUCGCCAUCAUGAAAGAAAAGCAAGCCCUGACGAGUGGGUAAAGGAUCUCCUGCUGAGGUAUGUGCAGCUGUUUCCACAGGUCUCCUGCCACCUCGAGAUUAAUGUGGACAGGGCCAUUUAUGGGCAGGGCCGCUUCAGGUCAUUCACAUUCCAGGAGAUGUGGCAGUGGUACAGCCUGCACAAGUCUCUUCAGGCUGACCCACAAGCCGGGACCGACCACGAAAGGAAAAUGGCAAAGGAGGCACACUGCUCUGUGCAGCAGUGGCUGGUGAUGAAGGUGGAGGACAUCACCACCAAGUCACUGAAGCGCUUCAGGCAGUACAUUCUCGACAAAGAGAAACCUCCACAGGACAGGGACCCUCCCGCAGCAGCUGCCAGCUCCAGCUCAUCAGGGUCCAAAGGUGAUAGUGGCUGGGCGGAUGACGCUCUGCUGGUGGAAGCUCUCACCUCCUUUGAAAGACAAGCAGCUGGGGAAGCUGUGGGUAGAAAAAGGUCUCCUGAAAAAGAGACCCAUCCGGAUCCUCCAAAGAAGCCAUCCACAGGCUACAUUUCACCGUAUGCUGUAAGUCCCUAGUUUGUACUGUACAUCACAAUUACCUGUUACC